AUGGCAGCCGAGACGUCGCCGACUCUGACAUCGACGUCGCAUACUCUCGAAGCUCUCCCGGCCACCAUGCCCGCCACCAAUCCGACAUCAUACUUCCUCCAGAACCUCGCCCCUUCCAAUCGACAUGUCUUCCUGCAACCACCGCCUUCCCUUCCUACCACAUCCCUCAACAUUGUAAAGGACACGCUAGAGGACUUUGCAGGGACUGUGGUCGAUGAGCAGCAGAUCCGCCUCAAGAAGAGGAAGAGGGGCGAAGACAAGGGCGAAGUGCUGAAAGUGCGCAAGGUGUACGUCGACGGGUUUGAGACCAACCAGGUGUGGCAGCAGGCUAGGAAGGUUAUUGAAGGUGUGCUGCGCUACGCUGAUGGUCGCUUGGGAGAAUUACAAGACGAAGGCGUCAUCGUAGAAGAUUUGGAUGACGACGAGGAGGGCUCGCCCGCCGAGGCUGAGGAAGACGACGAUGAGGAGGAAGAUGAAAUGGAAGAGGAUGUCAGCGACGGAGGCCUCGAGGCUGAACUGAACGGAAAUGGUCUCCUGGACGAAGAAGCCUCAGAGGAUGGCGAAGAACUCGAAUUUGAAGAUGCUCAGGAGGACUUUGAAGACGACGACUACGAAGAUGUGGAGGAGGACGAUGAGGAAGAUGCCGAUGGCCCUGAGGAGGAAUAUGAGGCAGAUCCUGACGGCCUCAAUGACGGAUUCUUCUCCCUCGACGAAUUCAACAAGCAAUCACAAUACUUUGAGGAUCAAGAUGCCAAAGGCGACCCCAACACCGACCAAGCGAGCGACGACGAGGACAUUGACUGGAAUGCCGACCCCAUGUCCGCCGAGGCGGAAGCCCUCGCAGCCAAGACGAAAAAGGCUCAGGACGGCGGGGACAUGCCCGAAGACGACGAUGACGACGACAGCGAGGGCGGGCCCACGUUUGGCGACAUGGACCUUGACGCGCCCGAGGGCGCCAGCGACGACGAGGACAUGGUCGGCAACCUCGACGACGGGGUGGCCGACGGGCUGGGCGAGUUCAACGCCAACGAGGUCUACUACAAGGACUUCUUCGCGCCACCCAAGCGCAAGCGCGACGAUAAGCGACCCAAGAACAAGAAGUCCGUGCGCUUUGACAGCAAGGCCCAGCACAACGCGGAGGACGUCGAGCGUGCCAUGGAAGACGUCAAGCGCGAUCUGUUUGAGGACGAGUCCGAGAUGGAGGACUCGGCCGACGGGCUGUCCGAUGUCGACGCUGGCGACCCCAAGUCUCGCCGCUCCGCACACGAGCGCCGACAGGCCCGACUCGCCGAGGAGAUCCGCAAGCUCGAGGCCGCCUCUGUCGCCAAGCGCGAGUGGACGCUGUCCGGCGAGGCGGCCGCCGCCGAUCGCCCCGUCAACUCGCUCCUCGAGCAGGACCUUGACUUUGAGCACGGCGGCAAGCCCGUGCCCGUCAUCACCCCUGAGAUCAGCGAGAGCAUCGAGGACCUCAUCAAGCGACGCAUCCUGGCCCAGGAGUUUGACGAGGUGAUCCGCCGUCGGCCCGGGACGGAGAGCAUGCCCGCCAGCACGCGACGCGGCCUGCUCGCCGAGGUCGACGACACAAAGGGCAAGAGUCUCGCCGAGGUCUACGAGGAGGAGCACGCCAAGACGCAGGAUCCCGAGGCGUACGUCUCGCAAUCCGACGAGAAGCUGCAGCGCGAGGAGAAGGAGAUUGAGAACAUGUGGAAGGACGUGUCCUCCCGUCUUGACGCCCUCAGCAGCUGGCACUACCGGCCCCGCCCCGUCGAGCCGUCGCUCUCCGUCGUGGCGGACGUGGCCACGGUGUCCAUGGAGGACGCCCAGCCGACGACGGCCUCUGCGAUUGGUGGUGAGAGCAGCCGCAUGGCGCCCCAGGAGGUGUACACGGCCAACAGGAAGACGGCGGCCGCGGGCGAAGUGGUGCACAAGGGCGGCGCGCCGCUCGCGAAGCAGGAGAUGAGCCGCGAGGACAAGCAGCGCCAGCGCCGGCGGGAGAAGGAGAGGGUUCGCAAGGCGGGCGGCGUCGGCGGCGGCAAGGCGCUCAGCAAGCGGGCGCAGCUGCAGAAGGAUACCAUGGCGGAUCUGAAAAAGGGCGGCGUCAAGGUCAUCAACCGCAAGGGCGAGGUGACGGAUGUCGAUGGCAAGAAGGUCAAGGGUGUCAAGACGGCGUCGAGCGGAAGCUACAAGCUGUAA